AUGCCCCCCGGCGAAUCCCCAAGACACCGACAAGAAAAAGCCCACCUGCUGAAGCGAAUGGACCGCAAAACUGGAAAAUGGGGAACAAUCCACCCGCGGUAUCGACUCCUCGAAGCUCUCUACGGCUUCACAAAGUACAGAGAGCGCAACAUGGCGGAGCUGGACAGAUGGCGAUCGAUGUACGGGAAUGUCGUUAAGGCGCAGAAAAAGACGCUGGAAAAAGCAGUCAACUACAAGAAAAAGCUAAACGACAUCGAGGAACUAAUUUACGAGAAUGAGAUCCUCUGCAAAGCCAUCGUUUCCAAUGCCAUGUCCUUCUACGGCAUCUCCCAGUCCGAUUUAGACUCGCACAUCGCCGAAGCAAAAAAAGCCGGCAGGCUCGCAGACCGCAUCAGCCCCAGCCAGACGUUGAAACACUUCGUGCGCGACUGGGCGGACGAAGGGAGUAAAGAGCGCGACGAUGCGUUUCCGUGCAUACUCAGUACCCUCACCAGCCUCAAAGAAAACUCCUCCGCGGAUAUGCCGCUCAAGAUCCUGCUUCCAGGCUCCGGCGUCGGGCGUCUAGGCACCGAAGUCGCCUCUCUCGGCUCCUUCGAAGUGACUCUCAAUGAAUGGUCAAUGUACAUGAACAUUGGAUACCGCUACAUCACCUCGCUCAACCCCUCUUCCCCACUUACUAUGCACCCGUUCAUUGACGGCCUGUCGCACCACGCCACCACGAAUGACCUGCUACGACAAAUCACAGCGCCCAAUGUGUCACCGAACCUAAAUGUUUUAUUGAUCGAGGGCGAUUUCACGACUGCGUUCAAUGGCCAAGGGGAACAUUUUGAUAUAAUCGUAACCCAUUUCUUCAUCGACACAGCGCGCAACCCAAUGUCCUACUUCGACACAAUCCACAAGCUACUCAAGCCGGGCGGGAAAUGGAUGAACCUCGGCCCCUUGCUGUACGGUACCGGGCCAUUUGUGCAGCUCAGUUUGGACGAGGUUGUGGCUGUGGUGGAGGAGAUGGGGUUCGAGUUUGAGGAUAUUGGGAAUGAGUGUGGGGCGCUGACAUUUCCGGACAAGAAGGUGCGAUGGACGGAGGCGGAGUAUGGAUUUAACGGGAAAGCGUUGACGAAGAAUGCGUAUAAAGCGCAGGUGUGGGUUGCACGGAAGCUGUGA